AUGCAUUCAACACGCUGCAAAGAACAAGCUCAGGGUUUCAACACCGAGGAAAAAGUUCGCCUUUGCAUCUGCCGAGACGAUAUUCACGUACAAUUCUGUAUUUGUUCCCCCCACCAUGGUGACUUCAGCCAGGAGGAGCGUCUGAGAAGGAGCUUCCAUCGUCAGCUGAAACGUGAUCGUGAGAACGAAUGGACGUCGAGGGCGAAAGAGUUUGAGAAGGAGACAAGAACCCGAGAAAAGCCUAUACUCUGCUAA